CGCUCCCUAGUCAAUCCCUAUUAUGUUUCCCUUUGGACGUUUGUUUCUGGCCAAGCCGCAACAUUAUUAUAUAACGCUGACAGCGGGGCCGCCAAAAAAGAUAAUAAGCCAAUUAUCGUGCUUCCAUCUCCCAACUGAGCUCACACUAAAAAAGGAAAAAAACUGAGCUCACGGCAUUGACUCCAAGGACCACCAUGAAUUCCCCGAUCUCACGCGCGCACUUGGAUCUUGUACUUGUACACCUCUACAAGAAGGCGGCGCGGGUAACCUCCGGCAGCCGUCACAUCUAGGCCGACGACCAUCAAGAAUGGCCGACGGCGACCUGCGCAGCCUGGUGGCGGUCUCGGCCGCGGUGACCGCGGCCAUGUGCUACGUCCGUUUCGCGGCCGGGCGCCUCCGCCCAGGCCUCCCCCGCCUCGCCGCGUUCCUCCCGGUGCUCGCCGUCCUCCCGUUCCUCCCCUUGGCCUUCCGCGCCGUCCACCCGCGCGCCAUCUCCGGGUUCUUCCUCGCCUGGCUGGCCGAGUUCAAGCUCCUCCGCCUCGCCGCCGGCCAGGGCCCCCUCCACCCGUCCCUCCCGCUCCCCGCCUUCGUCGCCGUCGCCUCCGGCCCCGUCAGGCUCCGCGGCGACGGGCCCGACAAGGCUCGGCAAGGCACGUCGUCGAGCCUGGACCCGGCCUCCUCCGCCGUCAUGGCCGCGCUGCUCGCCGCCAUCGUGUCGCUGUACCGGUACCAGGAGCUGAUGAACCAGUACGUCCUGCUCACCCUCUACGCCUUCCACGUGUACCUGGCCCUGGAGCUGGUCCUGGCGUCGGCGGCCGCGGCGGCGCGCGCGCUGCUGGGCAUGGGUCUGGAGCCGCAGUUCGACCGGCCGUACCUGUCGGCGUCGCUGCGGGACUUCUGGGGCCGGCGCUGGAACCUGUCGGUGCCCGCCGUGCUCCGGCCGUGCGUGUACCGCCCCGUGCGCGCGCGCCUGGGCCCGGCCGCCGGGGUGCUCGCGGCGUUCGUGGUGUCCGGGCUGGUGCACGAGCUCAUGUUCUACUACAUCACGCUGCGGCCGCCCACCGGGGAGGCGACGGCCUUCUUCGCGCUGCACGGCGCGUGCGCGGUGGCGGAGGCGUGGUGGGCGAGGCACCAGGGGUGGUGGCGACCGCCGCGGCUGGUUGCCACCCCGCUGACGCUGGCGUUCGUGCUCGUGACGGCCUUCUGGCUCUUCUUCCCGCCGAUCACGAGGCCCGGGGCCGACAAGCUCGUGAUCGCCGAGUGUGAGGCGGCCGUCGCGUUCGUGCGGGACGCCGGCGCCUGGGCGGCCGGCUCCGUGCGGUCGGUCUGGACGGGCCGCUCGUAGUACGGAGACGGCCGGUGCGUCACGCCCGAUACGCCCGCGAAGAAUGGGCUCGUUGCUCAGGCGGCAAUUUGUUUGCGUAUUACGCCUGUGGCUGUCGAUUUGUUAGGAAAAUGUAUCGAAACAAAUCCGAGGGCAGCGGACGAAAUUUGUGUUUUCAGGCGACUUUCAAAUAGAGAGCCCCUCGUUUACUA